AUGAAUAUCAAAAAUGAUUUGGACGAACCAAUAAAUUUAAAGUUUUGCUAUGGAAUUAAUGAAUCAUUAAGUAGUGUACAUGUUAUAAAAAAAAAAGAAAAAGAGAAAAUAAAUAUUAUUUAUAGUUCAGAUAAUAACAUUGUUUUGCUUGAUGAAAAAAAACAAGUAUUAUUUAGAGGUCAUUUUAAUCAGAUAUCUCAAAUAAUUAGAAGUUACAAUAAUGAAUUUCUUAUUUCUUGUGAUAAAGGAAUAAAUUCUUUUAUUCUUCUAUGGAAAAUAAGUAAUAAUACAUUAAUUCCUCUAAAAAAGUUUUGUUUCAAUAGUUCAUUAUGUGAUAAAAAAAAAGAAGAUGAUUUAAAUAGAAGUUUAUAUGAAGAUGUUAAAAAAGACAUAUGCAAGGAAAAUAUUAAUGAAAAUAGAAAUGAUAAUAUAGGGUUUGAAUGCGUAGAUAUAAGUUUUGAUAAUAGAUAUAUAUGUGCUUUAACAGAAGAAAAAAUAUAUUUCAAAUCAAAUGAUAAAGUGUUAGAAGAAAAAUCAAAUAAAAAUAAAGAUAAACUAAAUAAUAAUGUGUAUUUUCAAGAGCUUAUUAUCUUUGAUGUUAGUGGUGGAGAAAACAAUAUUGUAUGUACUGAUAAAAUAUAUGGAAAAGAUAAACAAAAUAAAAUUAGAUUUAAUAAAAACUAUGAGAUAAUUACUAAUAGUUUUUCAAAAUUAUACAUUUAUAAUUUUGAUAAAAAAAAUAGAAUUAUAAGUCAUUAUAGUCCUUCUUUGUAUAAAAGUAGUAAAAUAAAUGAGAAGUUCAUAUUCACUGAGACAUCAUUUGUAGAAAAUUCUACAACAUUAUUAACAGGGACAGCAAAUGGUUUCUUAAUUGCAUGGGAUUAUAGUACUAUUUUUAUAAAUAAAACUAAGAAUAAUAUUAAGCAAAGAGAAUAUCAAAAAUCAUUAGAAAUUAGAAAAAAUAUAUCAAUUAACAUUGUUUUAAGUUAUGGUAAUUUUAUCAUUAUAGGACUAGGAGAUGGUAGUGUACAAAUUUUUGAUAAAGAACUGAAAUGCUAUGCAUGGUUUGAAAAUAAUCAAAUAGGAGCAAUAAAAUCUAUAUCUUUUGAAUUCUCUGAUUUUGAAAAAGAUUUUUUUUUAUGGAAUUCUUUCAUUUUAUUUACUGAAAAAAAUAUAAUUAAGCAAAUUUAUCCAUAUAGUUUUCAAAAUAAAUUUUUUGGAAAUAAAGAAAAAUAUAUUAAUGAUAAUAAUACAGUUAUAAAAAAAGAUAAAAGUGAUAAUAUUCUUAAAAAAGAUGAUAUUGAUAUUUUUAAAGAAGAUACUACAGCAAAUAUAGAAUCAAAAUGCUCCAGUUAUAUUAAUAAAAAUAACAAUAUCGAAAUUUUGACAGAAAAUACAUUAAAAAAAAAUAGUAAUAAUAAUAAAACAAUUCUUCAUUUUCAUAGUACUUGCAUAAAUUGUAUAUGCAUAAAUCCUGUAAAUAAUGAAAAUAUUAUAUAUAUUGGAAAUAAGGAUGGAUUAAUUGAAAUUUUUGAUUUCGAUAAAAAUGAAAAAAUUACAAUGAUUGAUUUAAAAUCAAAAGAAAUAAUUACUAUGACUUUUAGCAAUAAUGGAGAUAUAGUAUGUGUUGGUUGCAAAUGCGGAUUCAUUCAUUUGAUAAAUUCUAAUAGUUAUGAAAUUUUUUUUAGUAGUAAGGAUAUGAAAUAUGAAAUAAAGUAUUUAUAUUUUAGUGAAGAUGAUAAAAUAUUGGUUUGUUCUUCUAAUAAUGGAAAUAUAAUAAUUUAUAAAAAUGAUAACGAGAAUAUAUAUGAUUGGAAGUAUGCUUAUAAAAUUGUUAACAAUAAUAAUAUUAUUUUUAAUGAUCUAAAUAUAGUAAAAGAGGUAGAUAAAUAUUAUGUAUACAUCAUUAUAGCAAUAACAGAUAAUAGAUAUAUAAUUUUUCAUCAUUACGAUUUUCAGCAUAAUACUGUUGUAAUUUCAUAUCUCAAUAUUGAACAAAUUCAUACACCUACAUGCUUCACUAGCAAUUUAUAUUUUUAUAAUAGACAAAUAUUAUGUAUUUGCAAUGAUGCUUCUAAAAUUCGAUUCUUUGAUUUAGAGAAGAAAAAAAUAAUUAAAACAGUUCAUUUACCAUUUAAACAGAAAAAGGUACAAGCAUUUAUACCUCUAAUAAAUUAUUUUAAUUGCAAAGGAAAUUUACAAAAUUGUGAUAAGAGUGAAAAUAUAUUAAAUAAAAAAAUUAAAGAUGAUUUUAAUAAAAAAAAUAUAUUUUUAUUUGUUUUGAAUGAAAAAAUGAUUGUAUUUACUCAAAGUCCAAUAGACGCAAAUUGUUUUAGGUAUAUAGGUGGAAUUAUAUGUAGCGGAAAUAUAAAAAAUGUUGUUACAAAAAAUAACAAAAUUUUUAUAUUAAGUAAUAAUAAAAUAUUCUAUUAUAAUAUUAAUAUUGAAAUAUUAAAGAAAAAUAUAGAAAACCAAAAUAAUACUUUAGAAACUUUUAUUGAUCAAAUAGGAGGAAGAAAAAGCAAAAUAUAUAAACAAAUUACUGAUUCUUUUUAUUAUUGUGAAAUUCAAAAAAAAAAGUAUAAAAAAAAGAAAGAAAAACAUGAGAUAAAAAAAUUGCUAAAUAUUUUAUCUAUUGAAUAUAUUUUUGCUUCUCUCAAUAUUUUCUUAUCGAAAUUCGAAAUACAAAAUAUUAUACAAGAGUAUUACUUUUACUACGAAUAUGUUUUGAAGUUAUUAAAAGAGCAAAAUGCUAUAGUAAAUGAAAUAGUUUCAAUCGACGAUAUUAAGCUAGUAAAUUAUAAUUCAAAUGAUGAUAUUCUUCUUCAAAAUAUAUUUUUUACACAAUUAAAUGAAAAUAAAGAUAAAAAGGAAAAUUAUAAUAAUAAUUUUGAUGAAAAAAUAUUAAAUGAAUUUAAGAAGGAUACAGCAUUGAAUUACCAAGAUGAUGUAUUAAAAGAAAAAGAAAUAGACAAGAAUGAAAUGAAUCAAAAUGAUUUAGCUAUAAAAAAAAAAAAAAAAUUAGAAAAUGAAUUUGAAGAAAGUGAAAUAGAUAUAACUAAAGAAUGCAAAAAUAUAUACUUUAAUAUUAAUGCAUUUAUAUAUACAUAUUUUAACUUUGCAACAGAAGAAAAAAUUAAUUCUGAACAACUAAUAAUAGAAAUAAUGAAUUAUUACAAAAAGAAAAAUAAUAAAAAAUAUAUAUCUUUUAACGAUUUUAUGUAUAUAUUAAAAAAAUAUGGAGAAACAAUGGAUCUAAAUGAGUUCAAAAGAAUUUUUCAAAUUUUUACAAAAAAAGAAUUUUUUAAUAAUGAUGACGCAUUUGAUUUAAAUAUGUUAAAAGAAUUAUUUCAAUAG